AUGGCGUCCGUUUCAUCUCACAACGGCUCUUCUCAUCCGUCACCCUAUGACUUUGAAUCCAACGGCGACACGGACGAAUCAUGGCAGUACAUUGAUUAUUCGAGCGGCGGAUCUGCGCCGGGGUCUGUUGGAUUCCUGCCAAGCCCGGCGAGCGGCAGCCUGAACGGUUUCGCCAUUGUUGGCCACAAUGCGACGACGUCGCCCUCGCAGCACUGCAUGUCACCAGUGCCGCCGCCACUGGGGGAUGACGACCAGGUGUUCCUCCCGCCGGCCACGACGCUUCCGAUGAGUGGCGCGAUGGAAUCGGGCGAGUUGGUCAUGGUAACAGCGGGCGAGCUCAUGGCAGACGGCAUGUUUAUGACGCCCCAGGAGUACCUCUUUGCGCAGAACUCUCUAUCGGAGUGGCGGCCAGAGGCGCUGGCCCUCCCGGCUGGCACGCCCGAGUUCCAGAUGGCUACUGCCCCGGCGGCAAUCCAUGCGCAACCAGAGCAACAGCAACUUACGCCGGCACCGACUUUGGAGCUGGACGGCUUCCAACAAUUUCAGAUCGAGGGUACACUGGUGCAGUGGGAUCCUCACGGGGCGGGCGCCGCGUCUCCAGGUGAAGGACCGUCGAUGAGCAUGGCCAAGUACAUGUCGUCGCCAAGCCAGCGCAGCGUCGGACCCUCCAGCCCGCGCUCGACGGCGUCGGUCAAGUCGGAGGGAAGCGGCAAAACGUCACCGAUUGCCAUCCGAAGAGUGAAUACUGGGAGAGUCGGGAAGAGCAAGACGGAACUAGUGGGCAGAUUUCACAUCGUCACUCCAAACUCCAUCACAGCGAGCGCCGGGCGCCCUAACCCGUACGAAUGCUUCGAGGCGAUGCGGACGACGCAGCGCGGCCGUAAGGGGCCCCUCGCCAACGCUACCAAGGAAGAUGCCCUACAGGUGCGCCGGCGCGGUGCUUGUUUCUGCUGCCGCAGCCGCAAGGUCAAGUGCGACACGGAGCGGCCGUGCAAGCACUGUAAGAAGCUCAUGGUGCAGGUGCCGCAGGUGGUCUGCUGGCAGUUUCAGGAUUUCUUGACGAUUCUCUUUCCGGAAUUCAUCAGCGCCCACUUGAAAAAAGAGGAGAUGAGCAAGUUCUUGCGGGACAACGUGGACGAAUUUCGUAUAGGCGGCGCGUCGCAGUCGUGCUCUGUGAAGCUAUUUUCCGGCGCACGAUUUGUCACGACGCUUGACAUUGAGGCAAAAUUCUUUACUGCCAAGACAUGCGAUGUCUUGCAACAUUGGCAUCUCAACUCUGGGCAUAAUGGAGUCCACCUAGACUCGAAUGGCUCUGCGCCGAUAGGGCUUGAGAAGACUGCAAGCGGCGGCCAAAGAGAUGAAGUGCGCAAAAAGGUCAAGGUGUAUGUGCGACGGUUGAUAGAAGAGCCCGUCUUUGCAGAGCAAGUCACAGACUCGUUACGAUGGACAAAGUUGCCGGCCAAGAUUCUCGCCAUUGUGCAAAGAUAUGCGCAACAGACGAACUGCGCCAUGGUGAAGAAGGCCCUUUCCAUCUACGCCAUGCACUAUGUCAUGACCAGACACCUGUGCCUCACCAGCGACACUGUGCGCGCUCUGCAACCGUCCGGGCUGGUACCGCAGAACAGCCCGUGGGUGACGCCGCGCGUGCUCGCACGGCAGAUCAAGUCGCUGGCCGACGAGAUUUGCAUGCGCGAGAUGCAGCAGCUUUUUGAGCUCUUCACCAAGGCGCUGAAGCCCAAGUACCGCAGGGAGUGGGCGCCGAGCCUGGCGGCGUUUCUGGUGCUCUGCCUGUACAUGGAGGCCAUAGAGACGACGACGGACAAUUUUGUGAUUUCGCAAAACGCGGUCAACAAGAAGAACAAUGACGCGCCGUCGUUUAAGCGGUCGUUUGUGCUGGACAUGUGCAAAGAGGUGGAGAAUAUGCCGUUUAAGCAGUUCGCGUACCAGUUUCACCACAUUUAUCAGACGCACUCGAGGGACCCAAAUACGAAACCCUUUAACCCACUGUUGGACGAUAGCUUUGCGGCGCAGAGUGAGCUCGACAGGCCGGCGAUGGAGUUCGUGGCUCAGCUGCAGGAUCUGUAUCAAGGCGAGGAUUGGCAAGAUAUGCAGUUCCUGGCAGAUGAUGAGCUGCUGCUCAAUAGGGGUGAUGAUCCUGCGAGCAUGGAUACAGCCUACCUAUACACAGGGAGACUGGUGUCCAAGUUUUUGUUGUCCUUUCUGGACGAGAAUCGCAUUUUCGGUGGCAAGAUAUAA